ACACAAGAGUUGACAAUGGAUUCCAGUACCCACAAGCUCUAUCACAAAGACUGCUUUAAUUCCAGAGACUAUCUGGACGUUUACUUCUCAGAUGAAGAUGAAAUGGUCUUUCGGGAGGAUACCUUGUUAUUUCCUAUUGAAAAUCUUAGAAAAACUUUUGCAUUGGGUCAUAUUAAAGGAGAGAUCUUGAUUGACAUCAGCAUUGGUUCUAUACCUCAUCAUCUGUAUUCAUCCUGUGAGUUUUUCAAAGACAUCAUAGUGCUCAAGGCCAGUGACCGAUGCAUCAUGGAGCUGAAAAGAUGGGUGGACGCACGUACAGGAGCAUUUGAUUGGAGCCAUGCAGCAAAACUUCAUGUAGACACAGAAGGAAACAGUGAUGAAUUACAGGAGAAGAAUGAAAAAUUGAAAUCAGCAAUUCAUCAAAUAGUAAAAUGUGACCUUGAGAAGCCAAAUAUCACAGGUCUGAUAGUCUUACCACCAGCAGAUUGUAUCAUCAGCGCUUGGCUCCUGGAUGUUGUCUGCAAAGAGCAAGAAGAUUACAUCAGAUGUCUCUCGAAGUUGUCGGGUUUACUAAAACCUGAAGGAUACCUCAUAUUAAUUGGGAUUUUAGAUGCAACAUUUUUCACAAAUAAGAAAGACAGAUUCCAUAUAUUCAACUAUAAUGAGAGGUUUGCCAGGGAGGCUGUAGAGGGAGCAGGCUUUGUUAUUGAUUGUUGUCAGGUUAAGGAAAGAACAGCUGUUAGUGACCUUACUGACUAUAGGAGAAUGAUAUUCAUUGCAGCUCACAAGGGGCAGUAGAGCUGAGUAGAAACUUACGAUUUAAGUAACCAAAAUAAACCACUUUUAUGGCGUAUAUCUUGUGCAGAUUCUAUGUUUCUAUGUUUCUGUCGCACGCCUUGCUGCACCAGAAUCUGCAACUUCUUCCCCAUUCAUGCCAGGUCUCAAAAAGUGGGCAUGGUGUAGGUAGGAAGGCCGGCCUGUCUCAUUUAUCAUUUUCUAUGCCUGGUUUAGUCAUAGAAAAUGGUUUAAAUGUAAGACUGCAAGGAAACUGCCUUACAUUUAGAAUCAGGCGUGGAUAGGCCGAAAUUAUGUAG